AUGCAAAGAAUGCCAUCCGAAAACAAUCUCACCACUGAGGCGAUUAUCAUUGACAGUGAUGAAGGAGAUGUAGUAUUAAAUCAAGCAAAAUCAAAAGACCAAAAAAACAAGUCCAUUGUCAUUGAAAGUAGCAAAGAGGACGAGAACCCUGUUCCUUUGUCUAAAACCGAACAGAAUCCAAAAGUCAUCAAAUCCAAAGCUCAAAAACAAAUGGAUCUGCUUGCUUUGUGUCCUUUAUCAACACCAGAUUCGCCCUGUGAUCGCUGCAAGGUGGAGAAGAUUGGAGGUGAUAAAAUUUUCCAUUGUCAUUGCGGGGCGAAGUCUAAGACUUUGAAACAAGGUCGAACACUCAAGGCUGUUGAGCAUUGGAAAACAGCCACUGAAAGGAUUUCGACUAAUAAAACCCUGAACAGCUUCAUCAAGCGUAAAGCGGCCGACCCAUCAGCAUCCAGUGACAAAUCUCGAAUUAUCGAAGUGGCCUGUGCAGGACUUUGUGACGCUACCUGGAAGCGAAAACGUGCAAAGCAGUCAAUAGCACAAUUCAUGGAGAAGAGUUGCUCUAUAUAUCGUGGAAACCAGCGACAUAUGGUAUGCAAAGACCUGUUUGGUGCGAAUGCAAACGAAGUUGACCUGACAUCAGAUCAAAGAGCUCGCUUGAUUACUGCUCUCGAUUCUUGCUCAACCUGGAUAGUAAAGCGACACCCUGAUCGGAAUGCACUCUACUCACCAUCUUGUCUAGUUACUAUACCAGUAAAGAUCAAGAAGAAAGACGAGCUGGUUGUCUGUGACGAAUGUCAGAAACUUAAAGGGUUGGGAAGUGUGACACAAGCUCUUAAUACACCAUAUGCGAUAGAUGACAAGAUCAAGUUCACUCCAAAAGUCAUAAUGAGUGCUGAUCCCUUCCAUGCUAAAUUGAUAAAGUACAAGGAGCUUGAAAUUCGAAACAAGUCCAUCGAAGCUUCUUCAAAAGGCGAUUGGGGUGAUUUCAUGCACCGUCUUUCAAUCUCAGCCCGCCGAGGACUUCUUCAAAAUCAAGGAGCUGUCAAAGGUUUAAUUCAAUCUGUAGCCAUCAAAGCCGAGCGAGAAUCUCAAGGAAAAUCUACUCGAGGGAUGCGAAUCGACUCCUGCCUAGACGAUUGCCUCACUACUCUUGGUGCAAUGAGCACAAGUGCUCUAGGUCUUUUCAAUCACAACUUUGCCGGAAGAACCGCCCGAAGCCAACGUAUGAUUCGUGCAAAGACUGGAAUGCAACUUGAAGAUGGACUCAAACUCGCCAACUUCGAGAAAGUUGCUCAGUUCCUUUCUAAUCUUGGUUAUUCAGGACCAGUGGCCGGUGCUUCCAAUCAGACAGUAUGCGUAAAAACUCUGCGUCAUCACAACGGAUGCCUUGUUGGAGCCGAAGGAGGUGAUAUCCCAUUUGAACACGCUGAGGAACUGGCUAAUAUAGUGAAAAAUAUAACUGAAGAAGACAAACUGUGUGGAAAGAUCCGAGCGUACACGUUACAGGUUCCACUUCCGAAUGUACCUACUUUUGUUGUAGCUCUAAUUGCAAGUCCCGCUAAAGAAAACGCUGGCGAUAUUCUAUCUCAGCACAAGGAAUUUAUGAACUUAUGCCAAGCUUCAGGCAUUAAUCUACUUUCAAUUGGAGGAGACGGUGCUCCUGUAGAGCUUGCGGCACAAGCAGGUCUUGAAACAUUGACAACUGAAUUCUUAACGUUUGACGAAUCCAGUCUCAAAGUACAUAUCAAAGUUCCAUUCAUUGGUAAUCCACUUCGGCCUAUUGUAGGUGUACAAGAUCCAAAGCAUGCAAAAAAGACAGCCACAAAUCAAUUUCUUUCCGGUGCCCGACUCCUGGCUUCAGUAAAAUACUACGCAUGCGUUCAACAUGACAAGCAAGACGAUGGACGAGCUUUUCGAAUAUUCAGUUGGCAGACUCUUGAGGCCUCACUUUUCAAUCCAGAAUCGACCGUCAUUGAGAAAGGAUCCGCCUCUGCAUGGACCGCCGAAUUUUUCAUGCGACGCUGGAAAAAUUACUUGAAGAGACGUCAAGACGAGCCUAAUAGUAUCAUGAGCAUGAAGAACAACGGAAUUUCUCCUCAAAGCUUCAAUAUAUUCGAAACUCUUGCACAAAUCUUGCUCAGCUUGAUAAUAUCACAUCGCGAACACUAUCCAGACUUCCCUUUCUUACCUUGGAAGCAUGGCAGUGAGGCUUGUGAACAUAUCUUUGGAUGGAUGCGAGUCAUCUCGGAAAACUUCAGUGUUCUCGACGCUCGACUCAUGAUUCCCAAGAUCUUUGCAGUUAUAAAAAGUAUUGUCAUGGGUAAAAUGAAGAUGGCACCUUCAGAACAUAUGCACGCGGGUUAUCAAAUCAGCUUUUCACAGGAGCACGAAGGACUUAACACAAAAUCACUCAGCUAA